AUGGCAUCAAAAAACGGUCACAACAAAAUUGUUGAAUAUCUUGUCGAACAUGGGGCAGAGGUUAAUGUUUAUGAUUAUUUGAAAAGAACGCCCUUAUUCAUGGCAUCAAAAAACAGUCACAAGAAAAUUGUUGAAUAUCUUGUCGAACAUGGGGCAGAGGUUAAUGUUUAUGAUUAUUUGGAAAGUACGCCCUUAUUAAUGGCAUCAAAAAACAGUCACAACAAAAUUGUUGAAUAUCUUGUCGAACAUGGGGCAGAGGUUAAUGGUUCUGGUUCUUGGGAAGGGAUGCCCUUAUGCAUGGCAUCAGAAAACGGACACACCAAAAUUGUUGAGUAUCUAGUCGAACAUGGGGCAGAGGUUAAUGGUUCUGGUUCUUUGAAAAGAACGCCCUUAUGCAAGGCAUCAGAAAACGGUCACAACAAAAUUGUUGAAUAUCUUGUCGAACAUGGGGCAGAGGUUAAUGGUUCUGGUUCUAGGGAAAGGAUACCCUUAUGCAUGGCAUCAGAAAACGGACACAUCAAAAUUGUUGAGUAUCUAGUAGAACAUGGGGCAGAGGUUAAUGGUUCUGAUUCUUUGAAAAGAACGCCCUUAUGCAUGGCAUCAAAAAACGGUCACAACAAAAUUGUUGAAUAUCUAGUCGAACAUGGGGCAGAGGUCAAUGUUUCUGAUUCUUGGAAAUGGACGCCCUUAUGCAUGGCAUCAGAAAACGGUCACGCCAAAAUUGUUGAGUAUCUAGUAGAACAUGGGGCAGAGGUUAAUGUUUCUGAUUCUGAGGAUGGGACGCCCUUAUGCAUGGCAUCAAAAAACGGUCACAUCAAAAUUGUUGAGUAUCUAGUAGAACAUGGGGCAGAGGUUAAUGGUUCUGAUUCUUUGAAAAGAACGCCCUUAUGCAUGGCAUCAGAAAACGGUCAUUACAUAAUUGUUGAGUAUCUAGUCGAACAUAGGUUAAUGGUUUUUCUUUGA